UUUGUCACCGAGACCGAGUGAUGUAACAGUGUGUCCAUCGCAGAAACGCAUCCAGCGUUUGGUCCCACCAAUUCAACAUAAAGUUAGUCAAGUUUUGCGCGGAUGGUGGGAAACGUAUUUUUCUCUCUGUGCAAUCAGCAAUCAAACAUCGAUAUCGUCAUGUUCAAAUACGUCGUCUUCGCAGCCCUCGUGGCCAUCGCUCUCGCCGCCCCCGAACCUAAAGCAAAAGCAGGAAUCCUCGCCGCCGCCCCCGUCGUCGCCGCACCGGCACUCGCCUACUCCUCGCCGAUCGUAAGCGCUGCAUAUGCCAGUCCAUAUGCUUACUCUGCUUACUCUCCUUACGCUGCUUACCCAGCUUACUCCGCUUAUUCAGCGUACUCCGCUCCGAUCGUCAGCUACUACUAAAAUGACUACUGUGAAACAAACUACGAACCAUUAAGAAAAUUAUAAUAAAAAAGAAAUAAAUGAAUUAUUGA